UAUUUAGGGUUCAGGCACAAUCACAGUUCCCUGCAGAGGGAAAAAAACAACACAUUUUCUAACCCCAAUUAGCCCAAUUAACCCAAUCCAAAUCAAAGCAGCCAAUCACCGCGCCAAUCAGCCAAUCAAUCAAACCAACAAACCAAUUUUUUCUUCCAAAUGUAUUUCUUUUUCCUGCUGGUUUCCCGCUCUCCCCUGCAGCAGCAGCAGCAGCAGCAGCUCGGUGCUCGGCGGUGUUUUAGACGAGAAUGUAAGCUAGGUGGCCGCACGAACACAUUUAUCGCGCCGAGGCUGUGCCAGACGCACAUGGGAUCCGUCCUGCGUACCCGGGGAUCUUCAGCACCCGCAGCCGAGCGGAGGGCACCCUCAGCCCGCUCAGGAGCAGCGCUCACCCUGCCUGGACUCUUCCUCUGACAACAACAACAACAACAACAACACACACAAAACAAACAAAAACAACAACACAUUUCUGAGGUGAUCUUCUUCCUCCCCGAGAGGCUCUGCGCGUUAUUUAUUUAUAUCGUGUGUGAGCCUGACAGCCCGCCGCGGCGGACAAACUGCGUCUCAAGCGCGGAGAGGUCGGACUUCUUCGGCUGGGGGGGUAAAACACAGCAAAACACACGCGAACAGACUCCCGUCCGGUCGCCCCCCGGUCUUUUUUAUUUCCUGUCAGUUCUUCUUGCGAUUGAUUUCCUGCUGCCAAAACCAGGAACCCGGGACCGAGAGCUCCGAGGAUGAGAGAAAACUAGAUUUGUGAUCGAGGCUUGUGAGGUUGUUUUACUGGAUUUAUUUCGCUGUGGAGGAAAAGAGACCCGGGAGCGGAGCGGUCCGUGCGAUUUUGCUAAAAUGCAUCAUCAACAGCGGAUGGCAGCUUUGGGAACAGACAAGGAACUGAGUGACUUACUGGAUUUCAGCGCGAUGCGAAACAGCGAUUUGAAAAUGUUCCCAACAUCCAUGAUGUUUUCCCCUCCUGUUAGCAGUGGAAAGAACGGGCCGACCUCCCUGGGGAGCGGACAUUUCUCCGGCUCAAAUAUGGAGGAGAGAACGAGUGCAGGGUCAUGGGCGAGUGGAAGUCGUUCUUCCAAGAGUUAUGCAGAUGGGUCUCAGUACAUGGCAUCACAUGACAGUCUCUCACCGCCGUACGCCAACUCCAGGCUAGCAGGUAAAACAGAGAGGAGUUCGUACUCGUACGGCAGAGAGUCCAACCCACACUGCCACCAGUCGAUACUGGGUGGCGAGCUGGGGUUGGGGAGUCCCAGCGCGGCAUCGCCCACCAAGCCGGCCGGUCAGUACUACCAGCACUACAGCUCCAACCCUCGGAGGAGAACGCUGCCAAUGGAUACCAUGGAGGUACACACAAAAAAAGUGCGGAAGGUCCCUCCUGGCUUGCCGUCCUCGGUAAGUGAUAACAUGCCCUUUUUUUAUUAUUUCGGUGGUAUUAUUGCUGCUUUAAGUGUGUGUCGCCGCAGAAAAGGCUGCUGA